AGGGGGGCUCUGUAUGCUAACUAAAGUCCAUCAACAAGCUAGUUAGCGACGAGCGACAUGACUGCAACUAUCGAACUCUCACUGGCAUUACGAUAACAUGGACACCAAGUGAGAAGAAGGGAGGGUUUACGCGGUCAUUAACGGAGACAUUCACCGGCUUGGGAUUCACUGGAUCAUUCAUGCAGUCGUUUGUGUUCCGGGGAGUUGUUUGAGCUCCGAGUGGCGGCCGGGCUCUCGUCACGGCUCGCGAGGACGACACGGAACACUCACCGAGGAGGAUGGUGGGUCCGGAAAGCGCCAGCCGGGUCCCCGAGCCUGACAAUUGUAGUCCCCCUGGCCUCAUGGAGGGCUCCAAGCUUGGGUGCGAGGGGCAAGUGGAGGGAACUCAAGACCUCGCGGGGGUGGAGCUGGAGGAGGUCCGAAAGUUGCAGGAACUCGUUCAUAGACUGGAGGUCCAGAAUGAGACCCUGCGCAACAGGGGAAGCAAAAACAUCAUCAACCGAGGAACCAGCAGCGGGAGUAAUCUCACAUUAUCCGUCAAUAUCAGUGAGAGGUUGAAUUGUGCAGCGGGGAGCCUGGGGAGCAGAGACUUGGAGCUGUCACCACAGCUGGAAAACUUCAGCAGUAGCGAAGGCAUGUCCCCACUUCCAGGUGCCAACAGGCUGGAGGACGAAGACGAUGAAGAUGCAGCUGAGGAUGUCAGUCCUUGUGGUGGCUUCCUCACAUUUGCCUGUAGCGGAGGGCUGAGACAGGGCCAAAGCCAGACACCUGACAGCCCCUCGCAAGAAAGUUAUGAGUCUGAGACUUUAGCUGAAAGCGAUUCAGGGAUGGAACAAUCGACUCUUGAUGAGGUGGACGUUCUCAAUUUGGAAGAGGAGUGUGCCCAAGUCGACGAUGAGGACAGUUGGUUAUAUAUAUCUCCGAAAAAACAAGUAUCGGACGCAGGCCCCGAAUCUCCCUUGAAGUGGUGCCGGCAGGUUUUGGACAACCCGAGCCCGGAGACAGAGAAGGCAUGUCGAACCCUAAUCAACCGUUUGGACCAAACAUCCCGCUGGAGGAACAUGUACAGCAGCCCGUCGACAGAGGCAGGCUCAGGCCCGAUUUCUCCUGGGUACCACAAAUCAACUAACAAAUCUCUACUAACCUGUGGCAAUUCAGGUGUCUCAGGUGUGCCCUCGGCCCUGAGCUCUCAGUCUUCUAUAGACAGCGAGCUCAGUACUUCGGAUGACUCCAUCUCCAUGGGCUACAAGCUGCAGGAUCUUACUGAUGUUCAGAUCAUGGCUCGCCUACAAGAAGAGAGUCUGAGGCAGGAUUACGCUUCCAGUUCGGCCUCUGCAUCACGUCGCAGCUCAACAACGUCCCUGCAAUCACUUCGCAGGGGCGGCACCUUCAGCGACCAGGAAUUUGACAACUACAGCCUGGAAGAUGAAGAGGAUGAAUGCAGUCCUGUGCCCCUGCAACGCCACCGCUUCACCCCCUCGCCCUUGGGCUCACCGCGAUGUCUGUCGCCCUCAACCUCCAACCAUGGUCAGGAGCACGGUGGCAGACUGGGGAUCCCUCACACAAGAACCCCCAGACGUGCUCUCCAGGGCCCCAGUGCAGAGCUUCUCAAGUUUGCCAAGAGUGAGGAAGAGUUGAGGCACAGCAUGCCUAAUCUGGCCCCCCGCACCAGCCUACGUUCCCUGGAGGCAGUCAGGAACAGCCGCAGCAUGGAGGCUAACCUCCAGAGCUCUGGCAACCGCAUGUCCCACUUGACUCCCUCCCCGUCCUCAGGUAUGGCAGGCAGUCGACUGCGCAGCAACGGCCAAUCUCCUCUUUCUCUGCGAGCUCCGGUGAAAGCUGUUGCCCCUGUGGGCUCAAUGGCAUCUCGUCAGCCUUCCAGAGGGCUGCCUGUUAUCCAAGCACCGCCUGCUUCGGGCGCUCGCCGGGUCCAGCCUGCUGGCUCUUCUAAUGGCGGACCCAUUCCAGCCAGAGCGUCCACUGGCGCUGGGCGGAUCGCUGCGGCCCGAGGACAGUCUGUAUCCACCAGAAGCAAACUAUCACAGCCGGCCAGGAGGUCGAUGGGCAUGGCAAAAAUGUCCGAUGAAUCCUGGAAAGAUGGCUGCUACUAAAGUCCAAUGCUCGACAAAGGCGUUCACUGCUGCAAUCUUCGCUUAACCUCUUUUCAGUGAUAUCUUGCAAAAAAAGUCUAUACUGGAUUUAGUCAAGACUCAUCUCUUUAUCUUGCAUGAAAUAUUGUCAAGAAUACCUAGCAUGGCUGCGUUGACGAACAAGAAGUCCCAUGCCAGUAAAUGUUAUAUGGACAAUCUGAAGAGCUUCCAGAUUUGUUUGGGUCAAUUUGACUUAGUUUUCUAUGGUAAUUGUGAGAAACUGCUGUAAUUUCCAUUCAUUGUAAUUGCUUAUUGAUGUUAUCGAUAUGAAGAUUUGAAGGAAGUUGUUCAUUUUCUGUGUGAAUUCCUACUAGAUGUAGGCAGUAAAGCAUGCUUGAUGUUUUUUUGUUUGUUUGUUUGGUUGUUUCCAUUCUCAUUGGUAUUUAACUGUUCCAUGACAACUCUGUCUGCUCUCUUUAGCACAAUCUGAGAAAUUCUGAAUGCUGGCAUUGUUCACAAUGAAAUUGUCAUAUUUUUGUUAACAUUGUAAACUGCAACAUUACCACACUGCCAUCAUUGAUGUUUAAAAUAAACUUUCAAAAUACAUGGAUUGUGCCAAGGCACAUUUCAGCUGCAACAACUUUUCUAUAUCUAUUUCUAUGGUCAUCAAAGUUAUCGUUAUUCUGAUGAAUUGGUAUUGCAUAUCCAUUGGCGAAUUGGGAUGCUUGAGUGUUUUGGAAUCUACUGAAAUGGUUUAUGCAAAACGGGCCUCUUGGUUGAGGACAGCUUCCACUCUCUUGUAGAGAAUUUAUGAAAAGAAACUAGAAUAAAAAUGUACAAUAAAGUUUGGUGUCAAACGUAA